AAAUAAUAAAUUGUCCUAGUCUCAUAUUUUUAUUAAUUUUUGAUUUCUUUGACCAAAACAGGGAAUCAUCACCAUUGAAAUUUGCAAGUGAGUCAGCUACUAUUAUGCACAAAAAACCCAUUUUUUUAAUCUUUCUUCUGCUUCUUCUUCUACUCCUACUAUUAUUUUUUUCUUAUUUUUAUUUUUUUUACUAUUUUUAUUUUUUAUCUCUAAAAUUUUCUUUGAAUCUUCACAUGCAAUUGGGGAGAAGAAAGAGAGAUAAAAAGGGUCCACGGAUCUUUGACAAUUGACACUCCUAUACUUAACACUUUACACUCUUUCUCUCUCUAAAAAAAGAGAGAAAAACAGAGUAGUCUAUUUUCUCUUCUGGGGUGUGUUUGGCUACAUUUCUUCCCCUUUGAGGGAAAAAAAGGGGAAAGAUUAUAUUUUUCUUGUACUUGAGUUUUUUCUGUUUCUGGGUUUGUAGCAAGUGAAGAAGUUAUCACAUUUUGAAAUGGUACUGAGCAUUUUCUGAGGGUAAAAUGGAGGGACAAGAAGAAAUGGGAUUUUAUGGGGAUCAGUUUGACACAAACAACAUAAUAGGAAGAGAAAAAGAAGAUUCUGGAAGUGACAACUAUGAUACUGUCUCAGUUGAGGAUGUUCCUGAGGGAGCUUCUCAAAUUAAGGUUAAAGGAAGGAGGAAGAGAUAUCAUAGGCAUACUCCUCAACAAAUUCAAGAACUUGAGAAUUUCUUUAAGAACUGUGCUCAUCCAGAUGAAAAACAAAGGCUUGAAAUUGGAAGGAGACUUGGAUUGGAGAGCAGACAGGUUAAGUUUUGGUUUCAGAAUCGUCGAACGCAGUUGAAGACACAAAUGGAACGACAUGAAAAUGUAGUCCUUAAGCAAGAGUAUGAUAAACUUCGUAUUGAGAACAUUGCGAUAAAGGAUGCAAUGAGAAGCCCUCUAUGUCAAAGUUGUGGAGGUCCAGCUAUGCUUGGAGAAUUAUCCAUGGAUCAACACCAUUUAAGGGUCGAGAACUCUCGUUUAAAGGAUGAACUUACUCGGGUUUGUGCCCUUGCUGAGAGGUUCUUGGGCAAACCCAUAACAGAUGUGGUCGGUCCUAUAUCACUCCCGGGUUCAAAUUCAAGCUUGGAGCUAUCCAUGGGUAGAGGAGGGUUAAGUGGGUUCAUGAGUUCACCUGCCUCGUUGCCCAUGGGACAUAACCUUGAAAAUGGGGUUUCAAGCAAUUCGACUAUGACAAAUUCUAUGAGUGGUCCAGUGAGCACCGAGUAUGAGAAGACAAUGUUCAUGCAAGCUGCAAUGGCUGCUAUGGAUGAAUUGUUAGCCAUGGCUCAGACUGAUAGUCCCUUGUGGUUUAAAGGUUUGGAUGAUGGUAAGGAACUUCUGAAUCACGAGGAGUAUUUAAAGAAAUUCUCUGGUUUCAUUGGAAUGAGACCUUGUGGCUUCAUUACUGAUGCCUCAAGGGAGACUGGAUCAGUGUUCAUCACUAGCUCGGAGCUUGUGGACACAAUGAUGUUCCCUAGACGGUGGCAAGACAUGUUUCCAUGUACGAUUAGCAAGGCCACGACGGUGGAGGUUCUCUUCAAUGGUGCUGGUGGGAACCGUGAUGGUGAACUUCAGUUGAUGAAUGCAGAGUUUGUGUUUCCCUCACCUUUUGUGCCUUUCCGCCAAGAGAAGAUACUUCGGUAUUGCAAGCAGCAUUCGGAAGGCAUGUGGGCCGUGGUUGAUGUUUCAGUUGACAUGAUCCGAGAACCAUCAUUUUCAGGAUCAUCCAUCAAGUCGAGAAGACUUCCUUCUGGCUGCAUUGUUCAAGAUGUUGCCAAUGGAUAUUCCUUGGUUACAUGGAUUGAACAUGUGGAAUAUGAUGAAAAUUGUAUUCACCAACUGUAUAGGCCAUUGUUGAGGUCAGGAAUGGCCUUUGGUGCUCAAAGAUGGCUCGCCACCCUACAGAGGGAACGUGAUUGUGCUGCCAUAUUCAUGUCGUCUAGAAUUUUUCCUGAGGAUACUACAGUAGGAGCUGUCACGCAAGAAGGCAGGAGAAGCAUCUUAAAGCUGAUGAGGCGCAUAAGCAACAACUUCUGCUCAGGACUGUGUGCCUCCUCUGCAUGCCGCUGGGAAAAGCUGCAAGUUGGGGGUUUGGGUGCUGAUGUCUGCGUUAUGAGUCGUGUCAGCAUAGACGAGCCUGGUGAGCCCUCAGGUGUGGUGCUAAGCGCCUCAACUUCUGUUUGGUUGCCAGUGACAAGGCAGCACCUUUUUGACUUCUUAAAGGAUGAGAAACUCCGUGGAAAAUGGGACAUCUUAGCCAAUGGAGGUCCAAUGGAAGUCAUAGCCCGCCUCUCCAAAAGCCAUGAUGGAAACAAUUGUGUUGCCCUCUUAUGUCCACCUGCUGCACCAGCGAGGGAGAGCAACAUGCUGAUACUACAGGAGUCAUGGACAGACCGAACAAGCUCUUUCAUAGUAUAUGCUCCAGUUGACUCAACAUCGAUGGAGUCGGUUUUGAGGGGUGGAGAUUCUGACUAUCUGGCUCUCUUGCCCUCGGGGUUUGCAAUUGCUGACGCGGCUAUACUUCCAAACGUGCUGACAUUGGCCAAUGACAAUGGGGACGGAGGAGGGACUGGUGGCAGAGGUGCAUCCGCAUUGACUUUGGGAUUCCAAAUUUUGGUCAACAGUCUCCCCACUGCAAAGCUCACAGUGGAAUCCAUCAAUACUGUCAAUGAUCUUAUGUCCUGCACUAUCCAGAAGAUCAGAGACUCCCUUGGUGUCAAUUGACCUUUUAUCACUAACAAAAAAAUAAGGGAAAAUUUUUGUACAUGUCAUAGGAAAUACUAUCAUAUAGGAUUUUUGGUGGUUGAAUGGAGUUUUUCGAAGUGGGUUGAUAUACUUUGGAGCAGUUUUGAGUCAAGAACGAACCUUAGACUCAGGUUCAGCACAAUCAUGGGGGACUUUUCCUAGAUUUGAACGAAGCAGCUGAAUUACGCAUGGGCUCUGGUUCGGGUAUUGACUCAUUCUAACAGCAAGAGGUGAAAGCUGAAAUUAGCUUUUAAGUUUUAAGGCAAAUUGAAGUGUCGUUUUAUGUUUAUACAGUUCUCGAAUGGUUAUAGAAGACUACAAUACAGGUGAAGAACUGAAAACAUAAUGCAAUCAGAUGAUGUUUUCAGAUUUCUGAAUGUUUUGCAAGUUUUAGAAACAUGUGGGUGUUUCUUUUUUGGUUGUUGUCAUGGUCGUGUUUAAAACUGCCAAUUUUGGUGUGAUUUUGUGUUUAAAGUUUUUGUGCUUUUCUUGUCUAUAUAAUGUUUUCAUGGCCUUGAAUUUGUUAGGCCUAUGAAAUUUUUCUGUAUCAUCA